UUGGACACCCUAUUCAACCUGUGGAACGCCAAUGUUGACUGAAUAAACAAGUAAACACAAUAGGAUAAAGACGUUAUGUUGACUCCGCAAGUCCGCAUCUUCUCCUCCUUUUCAUCAUAUCUUUGUUGAAUCCGCACACUUUUCUUCACUUCACUUCACAGUUUUCCUAAUAAUUUGUUGAAUUCAUGCAUUUCUCCAAUGACUUACCCCAAGACGCCGAAAUAAUUUCAUUUGAUGAAGAUGAUACAGUAAAAAUCCAAUCAAGGAUCCAUGAUGUGUUUCUAAGCUUCAGAGGCGAAGAUACACGUUCUUCCUUCACUUCACAUCUCUACGCUUCUCUUCAAAACGCCGGAAUUGAUGUGUUUAAGGACGAUCAUUCACUUCAAAGAGGAGAUACCAUUUCAUCUUCACUUAUUCAAGCAAUCGAAGGUUCUCGCAUUUCUAUUAUCGUUUUUUCAAUCAAUUACGCCGGAUCGCGAUGGUGUCUUCUAGAGUUGGUGAAAAUAAUGGAGUGUCACAGAACCACGGGCCAAAUUGUUCUACCGGUGUUCUACGGUGUUGAUCCGUCUGAAGUUCGUCAUCAGAGAGGUGAAUUUGGAAAAGCGUAUGGUGAUCUUUUGAAUAAGAUUUCAAUGGAGGAGAAUGAAGAUGAUGAAAUGCUGGAUUUAGAAUUGAGGAUAGGUUCUGUAAACUCGCUUCGUCAAUAUCCAGAGCUUCAUGAGGCCGCUAGCCUUUCUGGCUUCGUGGUCCUGAAUUCCAGGAAUGAAAGUGAGGCCAUCAAGGAUAUUGUUGAAAAUGUUACACGUUUGCUUGACAAGACAGACCUAUUUAUUGCUAAUAAUCCAGUGGGUGUUGAAUCUCGAGUGGAAGAUAUGAUUCAAUUGUUAGAACAAGAUAUCCAACAAUCAAAUGACGUUCUCCUAUUAGGGAUGUGGGGUAUGGGAGGAGUUGGUAAAACUACCAUUGCCAAAGCCAUUUAUAAUAAAAUUGGCCGCAAUUUUGAUGGUAGAAGCUUCCUUGCAAAUAUUAGGGAAGUUUGGGAGGCUGGUGUUGGUCAAGUGAAUUUACAAGAACAACUUCUCUCUGAUAUUUGCAAAGAAAUGACAACCAAGAUACAAAGCAUUGAAAAAGGAAAAAUCAUAUUACAGGAUAGGCUCUGCCAUAAAAGAAUACUAAUUGUACUUGAUGAUGUUAAUACGUUGGACCAACUCAAUGCCUUGUGUGGAAGUCAUAAAUGGUUUGGUUCGGGGAGUAGAAUAAUUAUCACAACAAGAGAUAGACACAUACUUCGUGGGAAUAGGGUUAAUCAAGUAUAUGAAAUGAAGAAUAUGGAUGAUAGGGAAUCAAUUGAGCUAUUUAGUUGGCAUGCAUUCAAGCAAGCAGGUCCUACAAAAGAUUUUGUUGGAAUUUCCAAAAAUGUAGUUGAGUAUUCUGGGGGAUUGCCAUUGGCUCUGGAAGUCCUUGGGUCAUAUUUGUUUGAUAGGGCGGUAACUGAGUGGCAUUCUGUAUUGGAGAAACUAAAAAGAAUUCCUAAUGACCAAGUACAAAAGAAGUUAAAAAUAAGCUAUGAUGGUUUAAGUGAUGACACCGAGAAAGAAAUAUUUCUUGACAUAGCUUGUUUCUUUAUUGGGAUGGACCGAAAUGAUGUUAUGCUUGUACUAAAUGGCUGUGGACUUUUUGCAGAAAUUGGAAUAAGUAUUCUUAUUGAGCGAAGCCUUGUAAUUGUUGAUGAUAAGAACAAGCUUGGAAUGCAUGAUUUGUUGCGAGAUAUGGGAAGAGAAAUCAUUCGUGAGGAAUCACCAAGGGUGCUUGAAAAGCGUAGCAGGUUGUGGUUUCAUGAUGAUGUGCAUGAAGUAUUAUCAGACCAAUCUGGAACAAAAGCUAUCAAGGGGCUGGCUUUGAAGUUACCAAGAGCUUAUGCAAAAUGUUUUAGUACUAAAGCAUUUAAGAAGAUGACGCAACUCAGAUUGCUUCAACUUGCUGGAGUGAAACUUGAUGGAGAUUUUGGAUAUCUUUCACCAAAACUGAGGUGGCUAUCUUGGAACAAAUUUCCUUUAACACAUAUACCUACAAACUUUCGUCGAGAAAAUUUGGUUUCCAUCGAGUUAGAGAGCAGCAAUAUCAAAAUUCUAUGGAAAGAGGCCCAGAUGAUGGGAAAUCUUAAAAUUCUCAACCUUAGCCAUUCACAUUAUUUGACACACACUCCUGACUUUUCAUACAUGCCUAAUCUUGAAAAGCUAGUACUCAAGGAUUGCCCAAUGUUGUCUGAGGUUUCUCCUAGCAUUGGACAUCUCAAUGAAAUUCUUCUGAUAAAUUUGGAAGAUUGCAUUAGCCUUUCUAGCCUCCCAAGAAGCAUCUAUAAGUUGAAAUCAUUGAAAACUCUCAUUCUUUCUGGUUGUAUAAAGAUUGACAAGUUGGAAGAGGAUUUGGAACAAAUGGAAUCUUUAACCACCCUACUUGCAAAUAACACUGCAAUAACAAGAGUGCCCUUUUCAGUGGUAAGGUCCAAAAGCAUUGGAUAUAUUUCUCUGUGCGGCUAUCAAGGAUUUUCACGUGAUGUGUUUCCAUCUAUCGUUUGGUCUUGGAUGUCACCAUCAAAUAAUCUCCCAUCCCAAUUUCAAACAUCUGCUGCCAUGUCAUCCCUUGUUUCUUUUGAUGUACCAAGUAGUAGUUCACAUGAACUAUCAUCUUUUUCUUACCACCUUCCUUGGCUUCGAAGUCUUUGGGUGGAUUGCAACUCUGAAGACCAACUUUCUCUAGAUGCUAAAAUAAUUUUGGAUGCUUUAUAUGCUACAGUUUCUAAGGAAAUUGAAUCAACUGCAACUACAUCACAAGUAUCAAAUAUGACUACUUCUACAUUGAUUCAAUACAGCAGUCAAGUGCAGGUUUUGGGUUCAAAACAUUCCUUAAAGUCUCUUUUAAUUCAAAUGGGAAUGGAUUGCCAAGUCACCAAUAUUCUCAAAGAGAAAAUUUUACAGAAUAUGGAUGCCAAUGGGAGUGGUGGUUGUUUGUUCCCUGAUGAUAGUUAUCCAGAUUGGUUAACCUUUAAUUCCGAAGGUUCUUCGGUAACUUUUAAAGUCCCUCAAGUGGAAGGGCGUAACUUGAAGACAAUGAUGUGUAUUGUCUAUACUUCCACCCCAGAUAACAUAACAACAGAUGGCCUUAAAAAUGUGUUGGUGAACAAUUUCACAAAGGCCACCAUUCAGCUCUAUAAGAGAGAAGCAUUACUCUCCUUUAAAGAUGAAGAGAGCCAGAGAGUAAUAUCAAGUUUAGAACCCGGUAACAAAGUGGAGGUGGUUGUUGUUUUCGAGAACAGUUUCAUUGUGAAGAAGAUAGCGGUUUAUCUUGUAUUCGAUAAACCAAUUGGUAAAACUGAUCUAUAUCAAUUACCAGAUUUGAAUGUCAUUGCUUGUAGCAAGGAUAAAAAUGAAAGCUCUAUCAAGAGAUUUCUUACUCAAGAAGAGCCCACCGAUGACUUCAAUCAAAACAGAAAGAAGAAAAAUCGAAUGGAAUGAAUCAACGAAAGAUGGUAAAACAAUGGUCGAGUGAAAAUCAAUUCUUAUGGUGUCUGCAAACCUUUGUAUUUGCAACAACUGUUUUCCAUAUUUGGGUGAAGUUGAGCGAAUUUGUUCAUGGUGAUUUCUUUUAGUUUCAUCAUAAUCUCAGUCAACAUCAAACUCAAUGAUUAUCUUGCUAAAUAUGUUUUUAACCACAUCAACAUAUGUUUUUAACCAACGUGCAAACAAAGAGAGUUGGUUGAGUGGACUGAUUUCUUAAUUUUGGGUUGGCCUGAUUGACUUUAUUGAGAUGUUCCUAAUUCCUAUCACAUCAGAUGUUAGGCACUCUAGCUGCCAAGUAUUCAGAUCAGGACUUUUGGCCUUUGGGACAUGAAUCCCCAACUUUGAAGAGAAGCAGGUCAAUUAUAUCAUGUGGCAGCGCAUAAAUAGGUGAAUAUUUCUUUCUUCCUAGAUUGAGCCUAGUAGGUAGGAUGUCUGGUAGUGUAUUUUGAAAAAUACCACCAUUGGAGAUGCUCUAAAGUUGUAUUUUGAUUUUCAUGUUGUAGUGUAAUUUACUUAACAUGAAUGCUAUUGGGUAACUGGAGAAGGGUGCCAGAUAUGCUUUGUUA